AUGAAUCAGUCGUCCCAAGAGGAGACCGAGGCGGGGCCGAUGAUUGUCAUGUCGCUUGAAGAAACAUUUCGCCACUAUGCUCACCAUGUUGUGUGGAUCAAAUACGCAUGGGUUCAUGGCACCGACGGAGCUGUCAAAGAGGCGUUUCGGAGGUAUGUACACCCUUCUUUUAUAGAGGGGUUGCAAUACCCGAAAGACGGCCCUGUCUGGGCCACCAUCCAAAGAAAUUUGGAUUCCAUGAUGGACAUUGUCGUCCAGAUCUCUCAAAUCAUCAAACCGUUCCAAUUCAACCGCCCGGACUUGGGGCUCAUUUUUGUUGCCUGGCUCAUCAAAACCAAGGAGAUCAUCUCCCGCGACCUGCCCAACCUCUCGGGACAGAAUGCGCUCAAGGCCUUGGCCGAAAUGAACACCUGGCUCGCCAUAAUCGGCUCUAAAGGUGGAAGGCAUGUCGAACGGAUCAAGGUGUCACCUCGGGAGAUUGAGUUCAAUGAACAGAUUUGGAAAAUGAAAAACCACCUGGGAAUCUUCGGUCGUCGAUGA